AUGGCGACAACAUACAUGAUGAACAACCUUCUUGUGUCUUGUCUGAUGUUUUUUGUAAUGAUUGGUUCCUUAAACACAAAACCUGCAGACACCAAAGCAAUUUGCGGGAGAGCAAAAAACCCAUCCUUCUGCACAAGCUUCAUGAAAGCAAACCCAAAGAUUUCAGGUGCUGAUAUUAAAAUGCUUGCAUCGAUCACCUUCAGCGCUGCACUAACAAGCGCACAAAUAGCUUUGAUGAAGUUUCUGUCUCUUGCCACGAAAGAAACUAACCCUGCUUUGAAGAAAGGAUGCACCUCGUGCGUGGAGCAGUACAAGAAUACCAUCAGCAGUCUCGAGGAAGCUGCGAAGAGCUUUACAUCAGGAGAUGGUCCAGGGAUGAACAUCAAGGUCUUAGCAGCUAUGAAAGGUCCUACAACAUGUCAAGAUGGCUUGGCAAAAGUCAAAGCUGAUCCGUCAAUUGCCAAGACUACUCUACAUUCUAUCAUUUAUUCAUUUGAAAAUGGACUAUCUCUAGAGAUGUCAAACAUGUUUACCUGUCCCGUUCCGUCCCGUAUCGCAGCUGAUUAG